CCUUCCGGCGGCUCUGGGCUGCUGCUCUGCGCUCGGCUGCGGGCGGGCUCCCGCCUGUGCCCUGCCCGUGAGGCUGGCGGCAGCCUGAGGGAGGAUCGCGCCGGGCUGCGCUCGGGGGGCGCGGCGGGCGGGAGGGGGUCCUGAGCCUUGCGGCGGCUCUGGGCUGCUGCUCUGCGCUCGGCUGCGGGCGGGCUCCCGCCUGUGCCCUGCCCGUGAGGCUGGCGGCAGCCUGAGGGAGGAUCGCGCCGGGCUGCGCUCGGGGGCGCGGAGGCUCGCGGGUGGGCGUCCUUCGGCGGCGUCGCCUUGCGCGGGCUCCGAGCGGUGUCCCGUGAGCACUGUGAGGUGCUGGGGCAAGGCGGUGCCGGUGUGGGCAGAGUCUAGGCGGAGGCCCGUGGCUUGUGGGGCUCAUGAGGGAUCCAUAUUGGGUCCAGUCCCCUUCAGCAUCUUCGUCAGUGGCUUGGGCGAAGCGGCAUGGUAGACCCUCAGCGAGUUCGGUGACGAUACCAAGCUGGAAAGGGUGGUUGACACCAUCAGGCCCUGCUGCCGUUCAGUGAGACCUGCACAGGCUGGAGCAUUGGGUGGGAAGAACCUAACCAGGUUCAUCAAGGGCAAGUGUAUGAUCCUGUGCCUGGGGAAGAGUAAUGCAGCUUGAGGAUGCCCUGUUGGAGAGUAGCUCUGGGGAAAAGGAGCUGGGAGAGUUGAUGGACAUCAGGUUGACCAUGGCCUGGCAGUGCGUCCUCAUGGACAAGAAGGCCAAUGACAUCUUGGGGUACCUUAAGAAGAGUGUGAUCAGCAGGUUUAGGAAAGUUCUUUGCCUCUUUGCUCUGCUCUGCUGAGGCCUUAUCUGGAAUACUGGGUCCAGUUCUGGGCUUUCCAGUUCAAGAGAGACAAGUAACUAUGGGAGAGAGUGCAGUGGAGAGCCACUAUGAUGCUGACGGAUUGGAAAGGCUGAGGUUGCUGGGACUGUUUAGGAGUCUGAAGGAUGAUCUCAGUAAUGAUCAAUAUCUGAAGGGUGAGUGUCAGGAGGAUGAUGCCAGACUCUUCCCUAUGGUGUCCGAUGACAGGACAAGGGGCAGCAAAUGCAAUCACAGAAUGUUAGGGGUUGGAAGGGAUGUCAAAAGAUCAUCCAGUCCAAAACCCCUGCCAAAGCAGGGCUGCUUAUACCAGAUCACGCAGGAAUGCAUCUAAAUGGGUCUUGAGUAUCUCCAGAGAGGGAGACUCCACAACCCCCCUCUGCAGCCUGCUCCAGUGUCCUGUCACUUUCGUAGUGAAGAAGUUUUUCCUCAUGUCUACAUGGAACUUCCUCUGCCUCAUCUUCCACCUACUGCCCCUUGUCCUGUCAUUUGGCAUCACCAAGAAGAACCUGGCUCCAGCCUUUUGGCACUCGCCCUUUACGUGUUUAUAAACAUUAAUGAGAUCACCCUGUAGCCUUCUCUUCUCCAAGCUAAAGAGCCCCAGCUCCUUCAGCCUUUCCUCAUAAGGAAGGUGUUCCACUCCUUUAAUCCACUUUGUGGCUCUGUGCUGGACUCUCAAGCAGUUCUAUGUCUGUCUUGAGCUGAGGGGCCCAGAACUGAACAUGAUAUUCCAGAUGUGACAUCACCAGGGCAGAGUAGAUGGGGAGGAGAAUACACUCUGCAAUAGCAUUGACCCUCCUGGCCAUAAAAGUGCAUUGCUGGCUCACAGUCAACCUUCUAACCAUUAGGACUCCCAGGUCCUUUUCCCCUUAAGGACAAUGGGAACACAGGAGAUUUCACGUAAAUAAAAAGGAAAAAUUCUUCACUGCAAGGGUGGCAGAGCACUGGAACAGGCUGCCAAGGGAAGUUGUGGAGUCUUCUCUAGCUCUAACAGGGAUUUUGGACUAGAUGUCUUUAGAGGUUCCUUCUAGCCCCUACCAUUCUUUGAUUCUGUGAUGUCCACUGGAUCUGUUCUUGCUUUGUGUGGCUCCUUUGCAGGGCUGAGGCUGGAGAGUUGCAGUCUUCUGCUGGGGCUGGUGAGUGCCACAUUCAGCCCUCAUACAGGAGUGAAAAGCAUGCCCUCAUUGGUUGUUGUUAAUUUUUACAGGGAGGUGUUGCAGUGGAUGGCCUCUCCGGUCCAAAGUUGGUUUGUUUAGUGUGUCUACAUGUUCCUAGUGAGAGCUGAAGGGGCUGACCAUGAAAGCAACAAACUGUUGUCAGGGGACUUCCAUUUGUACAGCAAUUCAAUGUGAAAUAUCUUUUCUGUUUUAAUUGAUUGGUUUUGUCCACAAUUUAGGAGGUAGCAGAGAAUGUCCUUCCGGGGAAGAGGAGGUGGAGGAGGAAGAGGAGGUGGCUUCAAUCGUGGAGGAGGUGGUGACAGAGGUGGCUUUAAUCGUGGAGGACGAGGUGGUUUUGGACGGGGAGGCGGACGAGGAGGCUUCAACAGAGGCGGAUAUGACCAGGGGCCUCCCGAAAGAGUAGUUUUGUUGGGAGAGUUCUUGCACCCAUGUGAAGAUGACAUUGUUUGUAAGUGUAAAACAGAAGAAAACAAGGUGCCUUAUUUCAAUGCCCCGGUGUACUUGGAUAACAAGGAACAGAUUGGCAAAGUGGAUGAGAUCUUCGGGCAGCUGAGAGAUUUUUAUUUUUCAGUGAAACUGUCUGACAACAUGAAAGCUUCUUCAUUUAAAAAAAUGCAAAAGUUCUACAUUGACCCAGCAAAGCUGCUGCCCCUUCAGAGAUUUUUGCCAAGGCCACCUGGAGAAAAAGGUGCUCCCCGAGGAGGUGGUAGAGGAGGACGUGGUGGUGGCCGUGGAGGAGGAAGAGGUGGUGGGAGAGGAGGGUUUGGAGGAGGAAGAGGUGGAGGAAGAGGAGGCGGCUUCAGAGGAGGAAGAGGAGGCGGCUUCAGAGGAGGAAGAGGAGGUGGAGGAGGCUUUCGGGGAAGAGGACAUUAAAAACAGACUGUUUCUCAGCUGGUUUGCCAUCUCAUCUGCAGAAGCGAAGAAUAAUGACAGUUUUUUAUAAAGGACCCUUACAAAGUUCUUGUUGUGAAGAGCUUGAAGCUGUAAGAUGACAGUUUGUGUUUACACUCAGUGACUGUUGAUCAACACGUGAGGAAUGGACAACCUCAGGUGAAGAACUAAGACUGCCCAGAACUUUUUAAACUAAGCCAGGAUUAAUCUUAAACUGUUUGUUUUGGACAAGGGGCAUAGUCAAUGCUUGACUCCAGCUGGAGUCUGGAGUAAACAAUGAAUUGAAAUGUUUUCACUAUGAA